UCCGCGCACAAUUGUAAAAAUAUAAAUUUCAUAGCACACUAAUCACAUAUACAGGGCGAACCAUACACAGUGAAAGACGAACACCGGUCAAGUAUUUCACACAUAUUUAACCGUAAACGUCACGCGCGGCUGUUUAAAAUUUGCCGUAAUUAUAUCAGGACCCAUCUACUGUAUUACUGCAGUAGUACUACUACUUCCUCUACUACGCAGUAUUUUCAUGUACUGCGCUGUCUUUGUCCUCAGUGACUGUGUCCACAGUUUUAUCGUUGAAGUCAGUCUGAACGUCCAGAUAUUUCCCCUCCCAUGCCACCCAAGAGAGAAUCAGGAGCGACUUCCACCCAGCCUCCAGUGAAGAUGAUAAAGAUCGGCAACGUGACAGAUGAGUUUGGCUGCGAUCCAGCGGAGGAUAAGUACAGGUUGGCUGAAGAGAGCAGCUACUCUUCUUUCCCCAACAACGAGCCUGAAACCAUUGACUUCGAUGAAGAAAAUGUUGGAAGUCCAGGCAUCAGAACAGACACCAUCAGCCUUCUCAUGAAAAUAGAGCAACUGCAGGCACAGCUGAAAUAUGAACGCAGGUGUAGGAUUUUGGCCGAGAGAGAGCUGAGGGAACUCAAAGAGAUGAAUACUCUCAUGAUGCAGAUGAGACACACGGCACACGAAUUACGAGUGACUCUGGAUCACGUCCUGCAGGGAGGCGAGCCCGGAGUAGCACCACAAAACUCUGAUGAAACUGUCUCUUUCUUAACCGAGCCUGAGGUGGAGAUGAGAGCAGUUCAUAAUUUACCAGAGGACGACCACAACUACCUGUACCUCUCUGAGAGUCUUCGAGUGCCAAAAAAUCUUUAUGAGCGCGUGGCGGAAAUCGCAGACUACAAGAAGUACACUUCAGCACUGCUGAUGAUACUCUUUGACCGAGAAACUUUGGCCACUCACUCUCUGCAGGGCCGGAGGAACACCUUCACAGGAGACGACUGCCACAAGCCUCAACUCCCACCUGAGAUCCUGAAAAGUAUCAUUGAUCAUGUGGAGGUCAAGUUUGGCGUUGACAGCAGCCAGAUAAAAACUGCAAUCCGAACUAAGUUGAAUAACGAGGACAAAUUACUGAAGAAGAGAUUGGGGUUGGGUAAAAAUGAAAACAAAGGUAUUAUUGAGCAAAGCUUUUGCCAAGAUCCUUCGUUUCAAUCUGAGAACGGAGCGAUGACAAACGACUCUCAGUUAUAGCCUUUCCAGCCUUCGUCAGUAUUUCGUGUCCGAUAGAAACGUGUAAGAUUGUCUUCGGUAUUGAGAUCUUGUGCUUGAUUUUAGUUCUUUUCUAAACACUUUUUAGAUUUCUAUUUUUUUUACUUAAGCUGUUUUUGUCUGUUGUGUGUUUGAAAAGUGUAACCUAGUGACUGAAUGUGGGUGUUCAGUAACGCUACUCAAUGUGUGGUCGUGAAUGGUAUAAAACAAGUGUUCUUAUUUAUGCUUCCUUAUAUGAGACGGUGUGUAACAGGUUUGUGAAAUCUUUGUCUGGCGUUUAUACCUUCAGUGAUGUGUGUGUAGGACAUUUGAUGUUUCAGAAUAACAGGGAUCCCCUUUGUACCCCGUGGUUCAUGAGAAAACUGUGCUUUACAACCAGUGAUACUGUGUUUCUAGAUAGUUCAUAUGCAGUUUCAUAAUGUAUUAUAAGUGCUAAUUCUUCCAACAUGUUGAUCACGUCUUUGUUGUGCUUCAUAAUCCCAAUAAAGGCCCAAUAAACUUUUGGAACCGAUA